AUGUCUACCUACGCCCUGUCUACGUCUCACAAGGAGAUGCUUGAGAAGUCUCUUCUCGAGUCUGACCCUGAGGUCGCUGCCAUCAUGAAAGAUGAGGUCCAGCGUCAGCGCGAGUCCAUUGUUCUCAUUGCCUCCGAGAACAUCACCUCUCGUGCCGUCUUCGAUGCCCUGGGUUCUCCCAUGUCCAACAAGUACUCUGAGGGCUACCCCGGCGCUCGUUACUAUGGUGGCAACCAGCACAUUGACCAGAUCGAGCUGCUGUGCCAGCGUCGUGCCCUCGAGGCUUUCCACCUCGACUCUGAGAAGUGGGGUGUCAACGUCCAGUGCCUCAGUGGCAGCCCUGCCAACCUUCAGGUUUACCAGGCUAUCAUGCCUCCCCACGGCCGUCUCAUGGGUCUCGACCUCCCCCACGGUGGCCACUUGAGCCACGGUUACCAGACUCCCCAGCGAAAGAUCUCCGCUGUCUCUACCUACUUCGAGACCAUGCCCUACCGUGUCAACCUCGAGACUGGCAUCAUCGACUAUGACCAGCUUGCGCAGAACGCCAUCCUGUACCGCCCCAAGGUGCUUGUUGCCGGUACUUCCGCCUACUGCCGUCUGAUCGACUACGAGCGCAUGCGCAAGAUUGCCGACUCUGUCGGUGCCUACCUCGUUGUCGACAUGGCUCACAUUUCCGGUCUUAUCGCCGCUGAGGCCAUCCCCUCCCCCUUCCUGUGGGCUGACAUUGUCACCACCACCACCCACAAGUCCCUCCGUGGCCCUCGUGGUGCCAUGAUCUUCUUCCGCAAGGGUGUCCGCUCCGUCGACGCCAAGACCGGCAAGGAGACCCUCUACAACCUGGAGGACCCCAUCAACUUCUCUGUCUUCCCUGGUCACCAGGGUGGUCCCCACAACCACACCAUCACUGCCUUGGCUGUUGCCCUCAAGCAGGCUCAGACCCCCGAGUUCAAGGCUUACCAGGAGAAGGUCGUCUCCAAUGCCAAGACUCUCGAGGUCAAGUUCAAGGAGCUCGGCCACAAGCUUGUUGCUGAUGGAACUGACAGCCACAUGGUCCUCCUCGACCUUCGUCAGUUCAGCCUUGACGGUGCCCGUGUUGAGGCCGUUCUCGAGCAGAUCAACAUUGCUUGCAACAAGAACGCCAUUCCCGGAGACAAGAGCGCCUUGACCCCUUGCGGUAUCCGCAUUGGUACUCCUGCCAUGACCAGCCGUGGCUUCGGAGAGAAGGACUUUGAGCGUGUUGCCCAAUACAUUGACCAGGCCAUCAAGAUCUGCGUCGAGACUCAGGCUUCCCUGCCCAAGGCCGCCAACAAGCUCAAGGACUUCAAGGCCGAGGUUGCCUCUGGCAAGAUCGCCAAGAUCAACGAUCUCCAGAAGGAGAUUGCCUCUUGGGCUAGCAGCUUCCCUCUUCCCGUUGAGGGCUGGCGCCUGGAUGCCGGCAUCUAA